CGUAGAUUUUCCAGCUGCAACGAAUCCCUCUCUUUAGUCCCAGUGCUGCUUUGCCAGGAUAAACUAUCUUCGUAUUGUAACUCCGAGUGUGGAAAGUUGGCGUUUUUUUUCUUCUUCUUCGUAUGCGAGGUAGAAGAUCAUUCUCUGCUGUAAACAAACAGAGCCUGUCGAAGUAUGUGGGAAGGAAACUGAGAUGACUAUGGAAAGACUGUUUAAAGGAGCGAACUAGUUUGGUGGACUUUAUUUACGACGAUUUUCUUCUCUGUGUCGAGAAUAUUCUGGAUCCUUCACGAUGAUUAUAGGGCCAAGACCGACGGUGGGCUGGGUAGGAUACCUGAUGCUCGGGGGAUCCUGGUAUCGCAUGGCUAUUGUGAUGGUAUUCUUCGGCUUCGCUACCAUCUUCAUCGUGAAUCAGGGUCGGCAGGCUAUCACUCUGCACUAUAGCACGCCGGUGCCUUUCCCUCCGCCCGUGAUGUUCCUUCCAUCGCCCGCCCACGCCCACACCACAGCCCUGGACGCCUGUUCAGUCGAGGCCGCGGGCGUGAACCCAUUCAACCCGACGGACCGAAGGCGAGUCUAUGUGUUCAUGUGGACGGGGACCAUCAGCCACACCGAUGUGUGGGGAAGGUGGAUCUUGAACUUGCCGAAGGUCGACAUCUCGCUAGUGAACCUCCCGAAGCUCGUCAGCCAAACGCCCCUGGAGGAGAUCAGGAAGCACACCACCAGGAGCUCGUGGCCGGACUGGAUGGUGUGGGCAGCGACUCGCGUGUCCCUGCUGUGGGGGGCCGGGGGGAUGGUGCUGCCCCUCGGCGCCAUCAUGACGAAGCCGCUCAUGGUGGACGCCCACGGGCCCAAGUCAGGCCUGGUGGCGCUGACGGAGGACGGCGAAGUGGACCCGCUCCUGAUGGCGAUGCCCGCUCACCACCCGGUUCUGUUGGCCAUGGCAGAGCAGCUGAUGAACUCGAGCAUCGGAGGCAACCAAGGCAGUCUCCUGACGAAGGUCAUACGAGAGGUUUGCUUUGUGGACAACAUACGACACCUGUCCUUCACCGACUGCUCCCAGAUCACUGUCCUGAAGGGCCGAGCAGUGGAGGACUUCGGGGAAACAGAGCUCCCCCAGCAGACAGGUGGUGACGCAGACACCUUCCUCAUACGCUACACAGGGGACCUCCACCACCUGCAGGACCUGAAGCAGACUCGCCAGGUGUUUCUGGACAACAAUCUUCACAAAUACUGCCCGCUGACUGCCCAAAGCGUUGAGGUCCUGUGGCGGGACUCAUUCUAGGCACUGGCACUGGCACCAUCGAAGUCUACAUGAGAUGGUCUUUGCUGGCACUACCCCAUCUUUUUUUUUUUUUCCUUUUGUUUACGUUCUUACGAUUUACGAGUUAACGGUUUGUUUGUUUUAUAAACAUUCCUUAACAAAAAACAAAGAAAAAGAAAAAUAAAAUCUUCCUAAAUAAAAUAAAAUCAAUUAAAAUAAAUAUCAAGUAAUUCCCUUUCAGUGUAGCAAAAAUCUAUUCACUCCGUUCUGUUUUGGCGAACUUUCUCUACGCGAAUGUGAUUGGCGUAGGCCUACACACCAAACCGUUCACACGUUUUGUAUUGCUCCAAACUGCCCAUGCCUAAAUUAGCACUUCAGUCCAACAAAGAUAAAGAGGCUAAUUCCCUCCUCUAGUCUUGUCUUGUCUUUUUUUUCGCUACGACUCUCUCUUGGGUCCUAUCUGCCCAUCUUACAUAAUCUCCCCUCCGGUCACUACUACCAUCUUGGCCAUGUUGGAUGUAUGCUAUUUGUGAUCUAAGAUGUGGGACUCUCUCGCUCUCUCUCUCUCUCUCU